CUUCACUUCCUAUAUGAAAAUUAGAAAGGGCUGUCGCGCCUUCUAGACACCUAUCUGCGUACCAAGGUGGACAUCUACAUGUAUUCCAUACUUUACACCUAAUAUUUUACACUUUGCUAUUAUCUUUACUUCCCUACGUUCACCUUCCUGCAUUUUCUAGAUAUCUAAUAUCUAAUAUCCAUCUAGUUGUAGAUAGUAAAUUCGUUGGUCGUCAUUUACAAUAUCCCCCCUUAUGCACUACACCUUAUCCAAACUUCGAUUCUCGCUUCAGGAGUCGAUCAAGAGCCGACCACUACCACGAACACAUGCACGCAUACGUAGAUUGAGCUAGGAUGCGAAGUCCGCCUAGAAGCACGUUGAAGCGACAGCACCUCCUUCUCCUCUCGAGCUUACACCAUGUCGCAUACCGUAGACAUCCUUCCAUCUAUCCCCUCGCUCCGACCCUCCACCCCUAAGAAUCUGCAUAAAGGCAAACGGCAAUCGGAUUGUCCAUCCUCCAACGCAGAUCCUGUCUGUAAGGUCUUAGACGGUCUGCUCUACCUUCGCGACGGUCUCACGUCCGUAGAGAGAACACGCAGAAGACAGCUCGAGGAGCGCAAACAAAUCCUGUCCGCACGAUUGCAGAGUGCCGAAUCCUAUAAAGAAUGGGACGCAGUAGCACACGAGCUAGACAUCCUAGAGGGUAACGAAGAGUGGAAGUUGGAUAGAUCGUCCGGCGACUAUAAUCCCGAUCUCCUAGAAAAGCGCUUAAAGGAAUUGGACGAUGCCCGCGCUUAUUGCGAUAUACGAGCUAUGAUGCAUCUAAUCAGAACAGCACUUUCGCGCGAUCUAGCCGGCAUGGGCAAUAUCGACCUCUAUCGCCAUUCUUACUGCGGUACCAAGAAGUUGAUCGAGCGGUACGUGGAUUCUACCUUGCAAACCAUUGCGGCCCUGGUUGAACAGAGCGCGCAUCGCCUCCCGGAUGAUUUGGGUCCCAAGGACUUGUUAGACGCCGUGCUUUACGCUCGCCAGAGCUUCGGCCGGAGCGCCCUCCUACUCAGCGGCGGAGGCACGUUUGGCAUGACUCACAUCGGGGUCUUGAAAGCUAUGUUUGAAGCAAGGCUGUUGCCACGUAUAAUCUCGGGAGCCUCUGCUGGUUCUAUCGUCUGCUCUGUCGUCUGCUCGAGGACUGACGACGAGAUCCCUCAAUUAUUAAAAGAAUUUCCACACGGUGAUUUAGCCGUGUUCGAGGAGGAAGGUAACGAGGACGGUCUCUCAGGUCACCUACGAAGACUGCUCACGGAGGGUAACUGGUCCGAUAUCAAGCACUUGACACGUGUGAUGCGCGACUUGCUCGGCGAUAUCACAUUUCAAGAAGCAUAUUAUCGUACUCGGAGGAUAUGCAACAUUUGUGUCUCCUCGGCUUCCAUAUACGAGCUACCCCGGCUGCUCAACUACGUCACGGCACCUAACGUUAUGAUAUGGUCUGCUGUCGCGGCGUCGUGCUCUGUUCCGCUCGUUUUCAGUGCCGCACCCCUGCUAGUCAAGAACCCCUUGACAGGUGAGCACAGCACGUGGAAUCCUACUCCGCAGAUGUGGAUCGACGGAUCUGUCGACAACGACCUCCCAAUGACGAGACUGGCUGAAAUGUUCAACGUCAAUCACUUCAUCGUCUCGCAGGUUAAUCCCCACGUCGUUCCCUUCCUUGCCAAAGACGACGUAACGUGCCCGCCCUCCGGCGCACGCCACGAAACAAUCUACAAGGAAGAGUCGGAUUGGCUACACACAAUCACCACCCUGGCCAAGAGCGAAGCAUUACAUCGGAUGCAGUUCAUGACCGAGAUUGGCGUUUUUCCAACUUUAGUCAGCAAGCUACGGUCGAUCCUGAGCCAGAAGUAUUCUGGCGACAUCAAUAUCCUUCCGGCCAUGGGCUUUUGGGAUUUGCCGAAGGUGCUAAAGAAUCCGACAACCGAGUUCAUGGUGCGUUCAUGCUUAUUAGGCGAGCGAGCAACCUGGCCUAAAUUAUCUCGUAUGCGUGACCGUUGUGCUGUCGAACUCGCUCUCGACCGCGCUGUUCAUGCAUUGCGAGCCCGUGUCGUAUUUAGCAAGAGUCAAGUCGACCUACGAAGGAUGGCAACCGGUUCUUUAGCGAGAACGAAUGGAGAAAGCCAUGAAGCAUUAGCACCCAAUUUAACCCAGGCGUGGCAUCUUUCGUCUAAGGACAAAUUGAAAUAUCGCCAUCGACGGUCUAGUGGAAGCAAUCUUCUAAACUCGCUUCAUCAUAGCCUUGCCAAUGAAAAUCCGUGUAAGGUGGCAGACGAAGAUACGGAUGAGGAGGAACGUCUCGAGAUGACCACGCGCCACACUCGCGCAAAACCGAAGAUCAAGAUCAAGAGAUUCCCAAAAGGCCACAUAUUACAGACAGGACCCAGGACCAGUCCCAUCUUGUCUUCCACCACGGAGCCUGACUCUUUUGAUUUCUCUCAGCCCGCAACACCUUCUGGUGUCAAGAAUGCAAAAGAGCUUCUCCCCAAAAGAUCCACACUUUGGACGACAUUUACCAUACCUGUCGAUGAUAGUGCUGGAGGUCACACUACCGAGACGGCUUCGAUGACUUCCCCGCAGCAAGCUCCUCACCAAGAUGCGGAGAUCGAAACCAGCGACAUACACACUUCAGACGCCGACGAAGAAAGCCAUACAGAUGAGGAGACAACGCCAACGGUCUUCAAGCUAUCAAACUCGCAUAGGAAAUUCACUGGUGACGAGAUCAAAAGAAAUUCGUCGACUAGCAGCAACAGCAAGCAUCAUUAAAUGAUACCGCCUCGAGCAAACCCGGAUCUAUAGAAUAAAUAUGGGUUUUUAAUAAUAACUUAAAUACAAAUUUGAAACUUCAGUCUACCCUUCAGAAUCAGUGGCUUGAGUUGAUGACAAGCAGAGU